CCACUCCAGGGUCAGUCACUUGUCACUGCUGAUUGCCUGCAGGAGAGGAACUGAAGAAGCUAAUGAAGGACCAAAAGCAGCAGACCUACUGGCAGGAAACGGGCCGAUGGGCGGGCUACGAGGAGAGCUUCGACCCUCAGGCCGGGGUGUGGGCGUCCUCCAGCAUCUCCUACCUCACCUUCAAGAGCCUCGUCCAGCUUCGACGCACCAUGAACACAGGUGUAACAAUUUUCGACUGUGAAGAGCAGACACUGGCCACCAUCGCAGAGAAGAUGGUCACAGAGAUGGUUAACAAGAGGGAGAUCAGGCCAGGGGACCGUGAGGGAGUGCUGAAAGCUCUUCUUCAGAACCGCAGCCAAUCAGAUGACCCAGAGAGACAAGCUCUGACUGAUGGUGUGGACCUGCAGAAGUUUUCCGUUAAGGAUAGGAGAGAUGAAUCUGACAGCGUUGAGGCCUCCAUGGUGCUAGUAGGAGCCUUGGAGUUCCUAGAAAGGCCUACAGUCGUGUUUGUGCGUCUGAAGGAAGCGGUGGUGCUUGAUUCGGCAUUGGAAGCCCCGGUGCCUGUACGCUUUGUCUUUGCUCUGGUUGGCCCCAACAAGACUGACAUGGAUUACCGAGAGACUGGCCGCGCGAUGGCAGCACUUAUGGCAGAUAAGGUGUUCAGUCAGGCAGCGAUUCAGGCAAAGAGCCCCCGCGAGCUGACAGACGCUGUGGCCGACUUCAUGGACUGCAGUAUCGUCAUCCCACCCACAGAGAUCCAGGACGAAGCGAUGCUCAGCUCCAUUAUCAGUUUUCAGAAGAAACUCCUGCAGGACAGGAUCCAGUCUCCCGAUUCCAUCGUCCGCAAGGACUCCACACCUCGCAGGGUAUCCAUCUCUACUGGUCCUCCACCUGAAGACCCCCUGUCCCGCACUGGUCGACCAUUUGGCGGGAUGAUGCGAGACAUAAAAAGACGCUACCAGCACUACAAGAGUGAUAUCACAGAUGCUCUCAAUGCCCAGGUUCUUGCUGCCAUCAUCUUUAUCUACUUUGCCGCCCUGUCUCCUGCCAUCACCUUUGGCGGACUGUUGGCCGAUAAGGUGGACAAUAUGAUGGGCGUUUCAGAGCUGCUCAUUUCCACCAGCAUUCAGGGGAUCAUCUUCUGCUUCGUUGCUGCUCAGCCUGUCCUAGUCAUUGGAUUCUCUGGUCCUCUGUUAGUGUUUGAGGAGGCCUUCUUUGCUUUCUGCAAGUCCCAGGACAUUGAGUACAUUGUGGGGAGAGUAUGGGUUGGUGUGUGGCUGGUCAUCAUUGUGGUGGUCAUUGUGGCCUUUGAGGGCAGCUUCCUGGUGCGUUUCAUCUCCCGCUUCACCCAGGAAAUCUUCUCCAUCCUCAUCUCUCUCAUCUUCAUCUAUGAAACCUUUGCCAAGCUGGGGAGGACUUUUAAAGCUCAUCCGCUGAUUCUAAAUUACGAUCAUCUGAAUGGAACUCUGGAGAAUCCGUGGCACCCAAAGGUGGAAGAGUUAUUCAUCUAUGACAAUGCUACCGGCAACACAACUAUUAUCAUCAACACCAUUAAGCCACCUUACCCCAACACAGCGCUGCUCUCCAUGUGCCUCAUGUUGGGCUGCUUCUUCAUUGCUUACUUCCUGCGACAGUUCAAGAACGGCACAUUUCUUCCUGGAAAGGUCAGACGUUUGCUGGGUGACUUUGGUGUGCCCAUUGCCAUUUUCCUCAUGAUUGUCGUGGACUACAACAUUAAUGAUACCUACACUCAGAAACUAGUGGUUCCCAAAGGUCUGACAGUGUCCAACCCAUCCAAAAGAGGCUGGCUCAUCAAUCCUUUUGGAGAGCACAAGGCUUUCCCUGUGUGGGUGAUGUUUGCCUGCUGUGUCCCAGCCUUGCUCGUCUUUAUUCUAAUUUUCCUUGAGUCUCAGAUCACAACUUUGAUAAUUAGUAAGCCAGAGAGGAAGAUGGUCAAAGGCUCUGGAUUCCACUUUGACUUGCUGGUUUUAGUUGGCAUGGGAGGGCUCAGUGCAAUAUUCGGUGUACCGUGGCUCAGUGCUGCUACGGUGAGAUCCGUCACUCACGCCAACGCCCUCACCGUCAUGAGCAAAGGAGCAAAACCUGUGAUUGAGAAGGUGAAUGAGCAGAGGGUCAGUGGCAUCGUGGUGGCAUUGCUGGUUGGUCUAUCAAUUCUGAUGGAGCCAAUUCUGAAGUUGAUUCCCAUGUCGGCCUUGUUUGGGAUCUUUCUCUACAUGGGAGUAACGUCACUCAACGGGAUCCAGCUGUGGGAUCGUAUGCUGCUUCUGCUCAUCCCUAAGAAAUACCACCCUGACGAACCCUACGCCACCAAAGUGAGCACAGGACGCAUGCACUUGUUCACAGCCAUCCAGAUAGUGUGCCUUGCAGCUUUGUGGAUUGUGAAGUCCAGUCCAGCUUCCCUCGCACUACCCUUCAUACUCAUCCUAACCAUCCCUUUACGCAUGUUUAUGACCGGCCGUCUCUUCACUGAACUGGAGAUGAAAUGUUUGGAUGCUGACGACGCCAAAGUGACAUUCGAGGAGGAGCCGGGGCAGGAUGUAUACUGUGAAUCUCAGAUGCCAUUAUAGAUUACUUCUAUGACAGCUAUCAUGCCAGCAAUACUUUUAUUUUGAAAAAAAAAAUAUUUAUUUUAUAUGUGCCUCAAAUUAAUGUUUCAUCCACCUCUGAGCACAAAUAUGUUUUUUUUUUGUUGUCGUUUUUGUUUUAAUAUAUCUUUAUUGUUUUCUUUUUAGAGUUGAAUUACAGAGGAAAAAAAGAGAAAAGAUUAAAAUAAAAUCAAUUAAAAAAGAACACAGCAUAAAAGGAGGAAGAAGUCUAACCCCUAUUGUGCCUCUUUUGAUUUAGACAUAGAAUAUUUUCCCCGGCCUUUUACAAAAUGUAAUAUUGUUCUCCAACAUCCACAGUUGCUUCCAUACGUCCCAAUUUUAAAACAAGACAUAAUCAGGGAGUUUCAUAACCUGGUA